AUGACGCCCACACCGCCGAGACGCGGGCCGUCGCAAUGGCACUUUGAUAUCGACAGCUACCUCAACCCCGUUUGCCCGGCGUCGAUCCUCCCCCGGCUGCCGCACCCCGUCGCUCAUUUCCUCGGGUACCGGACCCAUCACCCUCCCAAACCGCUCGGCAAUGUGGCCGUGAUCUUCUGGGCCUUCAUCGGCGUCUUCAGCAGCUUGACCAUCAUAGGCGCCGUUUCGCAGCAAAUACCAGCCUUCAAGACCCUUGGCGUGCCAGCCGUCAUCGGCAGCUUUGGCGCCGCGGCAGUGCUAGAUUUCUACGCCAUCGAAUCGCCCCUCGCCCAGCCGCGCAACGCGGUUCUCGGGCAAGUCAUAUCCGCCGUGACAGGGGUGGCGAUAGCCAAACUAUUCGCGCUCUCACCGCGUUUCGAGACCGUGCGGUGGCUGGGCGCGGCGCUGGCGUGCGCGUCGGCCACGGCACUCAUGGCGCUCACGGGCACCGCCCACCCGCCCGCAGGCGCCACCGCCCUCCUGGCCGUCCUCGACGACGACAUCACCCGCCUCGGGUGGUUCGUUUUGCUGCCGCUGCUACUCGGCUGUGGUCUGAUGCUCUCUGUCGCGCUGUUAGUGAAUAAUGUGCAGAGGCGCUUCCCGUUUUAUUGGUGGUCGCCGCAGGAGACGGGUGGGUUUUGGAAGGGGAGGAGGAGGAAAGGGGAGGUUGGAGGGGGAGGGGAGAAGCCGAGGCAUGGCGGGAAGGGACAGGAGGUGUCGUCUGGAGCGUCGACGGCGUCGACGGCGGGAGAGAGUGAGAGGGAUGUUGAGGCUGCGAAUCGGGAGGAUGAGGAUUCUGGUGCUGAGCUGACCAGGACGAACACAAAAGUGGAGGUCGGAGGGGAUGGCGCUAUUGUGAUUACCAGGGGGCGGGUUCUGAUCCCUGAGGGACUCAGUCUACGGCCUGAAGAGAUCCUGAGUCUAGAGACGCUCAGCGAACGGUUGUGA